CAAUGAGAGGAGGAGCUUGGAUCUUGGGUUGGUGCCGUGUUGUGUUGUGUUGUGUUGUGUAGAAGUGGUCAGUCUUUGUACUUGUACUGAACUGAUGCCGUCCGUCGUUUUCAUUAAAAUAUCCGUCACCACACCAGUGCGGAAGAAAUUCACCACUUUCCUUCCUCGCCUCAAACGCAGUUCGCGGUUCAAAUUCAAAAGCCCUUCUUUGUCUGUCUACCAUGAAUGACGUCGUUCAUUCAUUCAUAUUAUUUAUUAUUAUUCAAUGAUUCAGUUGUGUGUAUGGUAUGAUUUUCUGAAUCGCUGAGCUGAGCAAUGGAAACAGCGCCUGCUUGCUUCUUCUGCAAAUUGGGUGUUGCUGGUUCUACUUUCAAGCCCUUUUCUUCAUUCUGCGGUCGCCUAUUACCACGUAAUAAUGUCAAUACCAUCAUCUCCAUGUGCUCUUUGUCCUCUUCACUCGGAACCUGGCUUAUUCGAAACGCCACUAACAGUAGUGAAAGUUCACUUAAGCUUCCCAGCUUCGCCAGAAGAAGACAAAGAAGAAGCCGGUUCAUUCAGAAGCAGUUACCCUUGGUAGUGGAGGAACAGCAGCAGCAUCAGCAAAUCCAACAACAACCCUAUGGCUAUCAAAAUGGAGAUCCAAUUGGGUGGAAAGAUCUUGGCAAGAGCGUGGUUAGGUGGAUUCGCCAAAGCAUGAGGGCUAUGGCAUCUGAUUUUGCUUCCGCCGAGUUACAGGGUGAUUUGGAGUUCUCUGAGCUGAGACAGCGCAUGGGACCGGGUCUCACUUUUGUUAUCGAGGCUCAGCCGUACCUGAAUGCGAUUCCUAUGCCCCUUGGCCUUGAAGUCAUGUGCUUGAAAGCCAGCACCCACUAUCCCACCUUGUUCGACCACUUUCAGAGGGAGCUACGUGAUGUUCUCCAACAUCUGCAGACUAAAUUCUUGGUCCACGAUUGGCGUCACACUGAGUCCUGGAAACUGCUUAAGGAGCUUGCCAAUUCAGCUCAGCAUAAGGAAGUUGCCAGAAAGAUAACGAUGCCCAAGACUGUCCAAGGUGUUUUAGGAAUGGACAUAAGAAAGGUCAGAGCAGUACAGCACAGGAUUGAUGAAUUCGCCAAUCUUAUGUCAGGACUACUCCAUAUUGAAAGGGAUGCUGAAUUGGAGUUUACUCAGGAGGAAUUAGAUGCUGUUCCUAGACCUGAUGCUACUUCGGAUUCAUCGAAACCGAUUGAAUUCUUGGUUAGCCAUAGCCAGCCUCAGCAAGAACUCUGUGACACCAUUUGUAAUUUAAACGCCAUCAGUACCUCUAAAGGAUUGGGGGGAAUGCAUUUGGUGUUAUUCAAAGUUGAAGGGAACCACCGCUUGCCGCCUACUACUCUUUCUCCAGGAGACAUGGUUUGUGUGAGAACGUGUGACAGCAGGGGUACAGUUACAACAUCUUGCAUGCAAGGAUUUGUUCAUAGUCUUGGGGAUGAUGGCUAUAGUGUAACUGUUGCUUUGGAGUCACGCCACGGUGAUCCUACAUUCUCUAAACUAUUUGGAAAGAAUGUGCGCAUUGACCGUAUUCAAGGACUGGCUGAUACACUUAACUAUGAGCGCAACUGUGAAGCCCUAAUGCUGCUCCAGAAGAAUGGAUUGCGAAAGAAGAAUCCUUCAAUUUCUGUUGUUGCUACACUCUUUGGAGAUGGUGAAGAUGUUGCAUGGCUUGAAAAGAAUGAUUUGGCUGACUGGGCAGAAGAAAGUUUGAAUGGAAUAUUAGGAAGUGAAACCUUUGAUAAUUCUCAGCAGAGAACAAUUGCACUGGGUUUGAAUAAGAGGAGGCCAGUAUUGGUUAUCCAAGGGCCUCCUGGUUCAGGCAAGAGUGGUUUGCUCAAGCAGCUUAUAGUAUGUGCUGUUAGACAAGGUGAAAGGGUUCUUGUUACAGCACCUACUAAUGCAGCUGUUGAUAACAUGGUUGAAAAGCUUUCGAGUGUUGGCUUAAAUAUUGUGCGGGUUGGAAAUCCGGCUUGUACAUCAAAAACAGUGGGAUCAAAAUCUUUGGGAGAAAUCGUAAAUGCAAAACUUGCAAGUUUUCGAGAAGAGUAUGAGAGGAAGAAGUCAGAUCUAAGGAAAGAUCUAAGACAUUGUUUAAAGGAUGAUUCAUUAGCUGCAGGCAUACGGCAACUUUUGAAACAGCUGGGGAGGUCUCUGAAGAAAAAGGAAAAGCAGACCAUGGAUGAAGUUAUGUCUAGUGCUCAGGUUGUGCUUGCCACCAAUACUGGAGCAGCUGAUCCUUUGAUCCGAAGGCUAGAUGCUUUUGACUUGGUUGUAAUAGAUGAAGCUGGACAGGCAAUUGAACCCUCUUGCUGGAUUCCUAUAUUACAGGGAAACCGCUGUAUUCUUGCUGGUGAUCAAUGCCAACUUGCUCCUGUCAUAUUAUCUAGAAAAGCCCUAGAAGGUGGUCUAGGAAUAUCUCUACUUGAGAGAGCUACAACAUUGCAUGAGGGUAUUCUCACCACCAGGUUAACAACACAAUACCGUAUGAACAAUGCAAUUGCUAGCUGGGCUUCAAAGGAGAUGUAUGGAGGCUUGUUGAAGUCCUCUAAGACUGUGUUUUCUCAUCUUCUUGUAGACUCUCCUUUUGUUCAGCCUACAUGGAUAACACAGUGCCCACUGCUAUUGCUUGAUACUAGAAUGCCAUAUGAAAGUCUGUCUGUUGGUUGUGGAGAGCAUCUUGACCCAGCUGGAACAGGCUCAUUUUAUAAUGAAGGAGAAGCUGACAUCGUAUUGCAGCAUGUCUUUUCCUUAAUUUAUGCUGGUGUUAGCCCAACUGCUAUUGUAGUGCAAUCCCCUUAUGUUGCUCAAGUACAACUUUUGAGGGACAUGCUUGAUGAGUUUCCAGAAGCUGCAGGUACCGAGGUUUCCACGAUUGAUAGCUUUCAAGGUCGGGAAGCUGAUGUUGUAAUCUUAUCCAUGGUGCGAUCAAACACUUUGGGAGCUGUUGGAUUUCUGGGGGACAGCAGAAGAAUCAAUGUUGCCGUUACAAGAGCCCGCAAACAUUUGGCAGUGGUUUGUGACAGCUCAACUAUAUGCCACAAUACCUUCCUAGCAAGACUUAUGCGUCACAUAAGACGCUUUGGCAGGAUUAAGCAUGUAGAACCAGGUAAUUUUGGAGGGUAUGGUCUUGGGAUGAAUCCAAUAUUACCUUCCAUUAAUUAGUUUUGUUAUGAAACAAAUUUGUAGAUGGCCUAGCAAUUGUAUAAAGGUUUACCAACAAGUCCCAGCGCAAGGUGGUAGAUAGCUGAGACUCCUUAAGUAUUUAGUCCAAGGCUUGAUCCCUGAGUUGUGUGUAUGGAGAAGCAUUUGUUGGGAGAUACUUAUUCACUUAAUGUGAUGUCAGAGCCUCUAACAUAUUAGUCCCGUGUUGAUGGUUAGGGGACACCUUGGUAAUACAUAAAAUUGUUUAAAGGUGUUUUUUUUUGUCUUUGGGGAUAUGCAUAGGCUGGUUUUUCAUGUGGUCAAAAUUUGUAAUUUAUAUAUCAGUUUAUAAAUUCAAAAUUUGUGACUGGCUGGUUGCUGGUUUUUCUCAUGGUCCAAGUUUGUAAUUGUAUAGCGAUUUAUAAUUCAAAGUUUGUGCAUCACUUUCAAGUUCA